ACUAUAGGGGAAUGAGUACAAAUGUGCUUUUAAUCAUUCAUCCUUUUUUCUCCCACUACACAGUAAAAUGCAUUAAAAUCUAUGGUUGCAAUGUGAAAAAACGUUAGAAUAUUAAUGUUUUUGGAAGACACUUUAAAAAUACUAACAAUCUUUAUUGUUAUUAAAGAAAACAUGCAGUAAAAUACAUGGACAAUAACGACAUUGGGUGAAAUGUAGAAGUACGUUUCAUUUAAUGGCCUCAUGGCUAUUGGAUAUAAACUGUUCUCAGUCAGUUUGUCCUUGCUUUAAUGCUCCUGUAUCUGUAGCCAGACGGCAGCAGUUGGAACAAAUUGUGACCAGUCUUUAAAAUGAUCAAAGUACUGUGACUUUACACUCCGUAUGCAUAAAUCUGCAUGUCUUUUGCUUAGUUUUUAUCCAUAAAUAUGUGAUUCAGCGAUCUUCACUGAAAUUGGCCUUUUACUCUCUGCAGAUUUCUGAUCAGUCGGAGAAAUUCACCUGAAAGUGAGCAUGAGAUCACCGUACUUCCCGGCGAGGUCGGUGCUCUUCCACAAGGAGCCCAGCGGAGUGACGUACAGAGUCCCGGCUCUGCUGUACCUCAGCCGCUUCAGGUCAUUUCUGGCUUUCUGUGAGGAGAGGCUGACCCCGUCGGACUCUCAGGCUCACCUGCUCGUCAUGAGGAAAGGCACCUUCUACAGGAACUAUGUGGAGUGGAAGGACAUGCGUGUUCUGGGCACGGCCUUACUGCCCGGUCACAGGUCCAUGAACCCCUGUCCGGUGUACGACGAGUUCACCGGCAUCCUCUUCCUGUUCUUCAUUGCCGUCCUUGGCCACACCUCGGAGUCCUACCAGCUGGUCACCGGGGACAACGUGACCAGACUCUGCUACAUCUCCAGCACUGAUGGAGGAGACACCUGGAGCCCAGCCACAGACCUCACCGAGGCCGUCAUAGGAGGCACUAUCAAAGACUGGGCCACCUUCGCUCUGGGCCCGGGUCACGGCAUCCAGCUGAAGUCGGGCCGCCUGCUGAUCCCCGCCUACGCCUACCACAUCGACUGCAGAGAGUGCUUCGGCCAGCUCUGCCUGACCACCCCGCGCGCCUUCUGCUUCCACAGCGACACCCACGGGAGGAGCUGGCGCUUCGGCGAGCCCAUCCCGGCGCCGGAGAGCGUGGAGUGUCAGAUGGUGUCCGUGGACGAAGAAGACGGCUCCAACGUGCUGUACUGUAACGCCCGCAGCCCUCUGGGCUACAGGGUGCAGGCCCUCAGCCUGGAUGACGGAGCCGUGUUUCAGGAGGGGCAGCUGGUGCAGAGCCUGGUGGAGCCUAGAAACGGUUGCCAUGGAAGCGUUGUUGGGUUUCCCGCUCCGUUACGUCCCUGUGAAGCUCAUGGUGGACGCAGGUCCCCCUGCAGACACUGGACGUCCUUAACGGGCCCCACUGAUCGCUCCCACUCUGCUCCCCGACCAGACUUCCUGACCCCCACCUGGGUGGUGUACUCCCACCCAACGUGGAGCACCGCGCGCAGAGAUCUGGGUGUGUUCCUCAGCCUGUUCCCACGCGAUCCGGACAGCUGGCGUGGCCCCUGGGUGAUCUACGAGGGCCCCAGCGCCUACUCGGAUCUGGCCUACCUGGAGCUGUCGCCGUCACCGGGAGAGCCUCCAGCUGUGGCCUUCGCCUGCUUGUUUGAGUGCGGCACCAAGACGGCCUACGAUGAAAUCUGCUUCAGCGUCUUCAGCCUCUACGAGCUGAUCAACAAUCUGCCCGGAGCCGCGGCGGAGCCGCGAACUAACCGCAGGGAAAACGAAACUCAGCAGGCCGACUGUGAGAUGGGUGGAAAACACGAGCCACGAAAUGCUCCGGUCGUCCAUCAGAUGGCUCAUGUGAAGAAGAAGAAGAGGAGGAGGAGGAGGAGGAAGCUGAUGAAGAUGUGCUUUGUUUCUUAA